UGAAAAGGGUGCGCGUUCCCGUGGCGGUGCACCGGGUAGGUUUCAGUCAGAGUCACUAUGGCGGCCGGCGCUGGCAAGGUCGGAAAGUUUCCUGCCUCGUCGGGUACAGCCUGAGCUUGCCCCACUGGCCGCGAGUGGUGGAGGCUGUGGCGGACCCAACCCGGGGCCUCCAGGCCUCUCCCUCAAUCUCCGGGCCAGUCUCCCUCCCCCACCUCCUCGUCCUCCGGGAGCUGCGGCUGCGGUCCCUGAGAUGCGACCCUCCCGGGGGCAACCCUAAGGGGAAGCGGCCCAUGUGCUGAGCGGCAGCUGGGAGCCCAGGCGUCCAAGAACCAACUUCCCGCCGGCCCGGUCGCUCAAGCCUCCCUGGGGUAGCGCCUCGCUCGGUCCGCACCGGCCUGCUGUGCCGGGUCCCCGCCCUGGUCGCGGGGACGUCCGCCAGGUGCCGGGGAGUCCCAACUCGACUGCUACCCGAGCCCUUGCCGGCCUCCACCCCUCGCGCUGAGGACCGCCGCCUCGGCUCGUGCCUGGCCGGGACCCCUGCCCACUCCCGGGCGGCCUCCGCGCAGCAGUGGCAAUGCAGACUGUCCGGCUAGCCCUCUAGACCCCCUCGCCCGUCGCCUUCGCCUCUCCACCCCCGAGGCUCUUGAGCACCGGCGGUGGCUGCCCAGAGGUGCUUGGCUACACUUCUCUUUGGCCUCAGAGGACCUUCCUGGCCACACCGUACCGACCCUUCCUUCAUGCUGCAGUGCUGCAACGUUUCCGCCACCGAGGGGGAGAAGCGGCCGCGAUCUCAAACAAAACACAAGAAUUGGUGUGUGACUCAUCUGCUUGGAUACCUCCAGUCCCCAAACUGUCUUCCAGGAGUUUUCUUGGCCGAAGCUGCCCGAUGUUUGAGCCUUUUCUUCCCAGGGAAGAUGAACUGAAAGAUGCCAGUUGGGGACUUUUUGUGAUCUGGGCGCUGCUGUGUUUUAAAGGAGGUGAUGGGACUUGGCGCUUGCUUGUCUUCCCACCCAAGUGAAGAGAUGUUGAUGUUCACUGGUUAUGCUUAGACAAUGUGCAGUUUGUUUUAAUUUAAAAUUUUGGGGGGGAUAGGGGCAUAGGCUUGUGAAGAGCAUUCCGAAUCUGGAGGAACUCCUCGUUGUCCCUGGUAGGAGAGACACCCCCAGUCUGUCCUCGAUGCCGUCUGCCUUGGCCAUCUUCACUUGCCGCCCGAACUCGCACCCUUUUCAGGAGCGUCAUGUCUACCUGGAUGAGCCCAUCAAGAUUGGCCGCUCAGUGGCACGCUGUCGACCAGCACAGAAUAAUGCCACCUUUGAUUGCAAAGUGCUGUCAAGGAACCAUGCUCUGGUCUGGUUUGAUCACAAGACAGGCAAGUUUUAUCUCCAAGACACUAAAAGUAGUAAUGGUACCUUUAUAAAUAGCCAGAGAUUGAGUCGAGGCUCUGAAGAAAGUCCACCAUGUGAAAUUCUUUCUGGUGACAUUAUCCAGUUUGGGGUAGACGUGACGGAGAACACACGGAAAGGUACGGUUACCCAUGGGUGUAUUGUUUCCACAAUAAAACUUUUUCUACCAGAUGGUAUGGAAGCCCGGCUCCGCUCAGAUGUCAUCCAUGCUCCAUUACCAAGUCCUGUUGACAAAGUUGCUGCUAACACUCCAAGUAUGUAUUCUCAGGAAUUAUUCCAGCUUUCUCAGUAUCUACAGGAGGCCUUACAUCGGGAACAGAUGUUGGAACAGAAGUUAGCCACACUUCAGCGGCUACUAGCCAUCACCCAAGAGGCUUCAGAUACCAGUUGGCAGGCUUUAAUAGAUGAAGAUAGACUCUUAUCACGGUUAGAAGUUAUGGGAAACCAAUUACAGGCAUGCUCCAAAAAUCAGACAGAAGAUAGUUUACGGAAGGAACUAAUAGCAUUACAGGAAGAUAAACACAACUAUGAGACAACAGCCAAAGAGUCCCUGAGGCGGGUUCUUCAGGAGAAAAUUGAAGUGGUUAGAAAACUUUCAGAAGUUGAGCGAAGUCUGAGUAAUACUGAAGAUGAAUGUACCCACCUGAAAGAAAUGAAUGAGCGGACUCAGGAAGAAUUAAGAGAAUUAGCCAAUAAAUAUAAUGGAGCAGUUAAUGAGAUUAAAGAUUUAUCUGAUAAAUUAAAGGUAGCAGAGGGAAGACAAGAGGAGAUCCAACAGAAGGGACAAGCUGAGAAGAAAGAAUUACAACAUAAAAUAGACGAAAUGGAAGAAAAAGAACAGGAGCUCCAGGCAAAAAUAGAAGCUUUGCAAGCUGAUAAUGACUUCACCAAUGAAAGGCUAACAGCUUUACAAGUACGGUUAGAACAUCUUCAGGAGAAAACUCUUAAAGAAUGCAGCAGCUUAGGGAUACAAGUUGAUGACUUCUUACCUAAAAUAAAUGGGAGCACAGAAAAAGAGCACUUGCUUUCAAAGAGUGGCGGGGACUGCACUUUUAUUCAUCAAUUCAUAGAAUGCCAGAAGAAGCUGAUCGUAGAGGGGCAUCUAACCAAAGUGGUAGAAGAAACAAAGCUUUCAAAAGAAAACCAGGCAAGAGCAAAGGAAUCUGACUUAUCAGAUACUCUGAGUCCAAGCAAGGAGAAAAGCAGUGACGACACUACAGACGCCCAGAUGGAUGAGCAAGACCUAAAUGAACCUCUUGCUAAAGUGUCCCUUUUAAAAGAUGACUUGCAGGGUGUGCACUCAGAAAUUGAGGCAAAACAAGAAAUUCAGCAUCUUCGCAAGGAAUUGAUCGAAGCCCAGGAACUAGCUAGAGCAAGUAAACAAAAAUGCUUUGAACUUCAAGCUCUUUUGGAAGAAGAAAGAAAAGCCUAUAGAAAUCAAGUGGAGGAAUCUGCAAAACAAAUACAAGUUCUUCAAGCCCAACUGCAGAGGUUACACAUUGAUAUUGAGAAUCUCCGGGAAGAGAAAGAUGGUGAAAUCACAAGCACUAGAGAUGAAUUGCUUAGUGCCCGAGAUGAAAUUUUGCUGCUUCAUCAGGCAGCUGCAAAGGCUGCCUCUGAGCGGGACACUGACAUUACUUCUUUACAAGACGAGCUUAAGAAGGUUCGAGCUGAACUUGAGCGCUGGCGGAAAGCAGCAUCUGAGUAUGAGAAAGAAAUCACAAGUCUGCAGAACAGUUUUCAGCUUCGAUGUCAACAGUGUGAAGACCAACAGAGAGUGGAAGCAACAAGGUUGCAAGGUGAACUAGAGAAGUUGAGAAAGGAAUGGAAUGUAUUGGAAACCGAGUGCCAUUCUCUAAAAAAGGAAAAUGUUUUGCUAUCAUCAGAACUGCAGCGGCAAGAAAAAGAAUUGCACAAUUCUCAGAAGCAGAGUUUAGAGCUUACCAGUGAUCUCAGCAUCCUUCAGAUGAAUAGAAAAGAACUUGAGAACCAAGUGGGAUCCUUAAAAGAGCAGCAUCUUCGGGAUUCAACUGAUUUAAAAGCUCUUCUCAGUAAGGCUGAAAACCAAGCAAAGGAUGUACAGAAAGAGUAUGAAAAGACACAGACUGUACUCACAGAACUGAAGUUGAAGUUUGAAAUGACUGAGCAGGAAAAGCAAUCAAUCACAGAUGAGCUCAAACAAUGUAAAGACAACCUGAAGCUGCUCCGAGAGAAAGGAAAUAAUCCUUCCAUAUUACAACCCGUCCCAGCCGUAUUCAUCGGCCUAUUCCUGGCUUUCCUGUUUUGGUGUUUCGGUCCAUUGUGGUAGAGAAAGAAACCCUGGCCCUGGAUGCCCAUGUUGGCUGCCCUGGUUGCGGUGACAGCCAUCGUGCUGUAUGUGCCAGGUCUGGCCAGAGCUUCUCCAUGAGAGCGUUUCUUGAGUCCGUACACCGUCCUCCCUCUAGAAGCUGGCAUCACACUCAUGCUGGGGACAAACAGAACCAUUUUCUUCUUUUUUACCUCUUAAAACAGCAGAAGUGCAAGAAUACAACUGUAGGGUCAUUGCUUUAAAUUAUAUAAAAUGUAUCUGUCUAUAGAGAGAAUAUAAAAUUGUGACUUUAUUCUACUGUAAGCAAUAAUUUGCUUGCAAUUUUUCAUGUAAUUUUUAAAUAAGUAUGUUGAGAUUCUGAAUAUUAUGGUGGCCUAACGUAGGCUUCUUGGUACACCAAAUUAUUUAUACCAUUAAAUUUAUGGGUAUUUUAUUCUGAAUUCUGAUGGCCAGAUAAUUCAUUUUUCUGAUUCGAUAACUACCCAAAUCGGACAACCAAUACAUACAUGGGAAGAGAGGCCCUGUGUGCUCAGUGCCUAUCAGUUUGAAAUAUAUGCACAUAUAUAUAUAUUUUUUACAUAUUUACGCCAUUUUUACUUGUUAUGAAACCACUGAGCUAUUGGGAACAAGACUUAGAGACAACUCUUUGUGUGGGUUUUUUUUUUUUGUUGUUGUUGUUGUUUUUUGUUUUUUGGUUUUUUGUUUUUUUUUUUUUUUAAGGAAAAAUACAUUUGGAAAAUAUUCCAUUUUAGCGAUAAUUUGGUGAAUAUGUGCACGCUCAUUCAGCCUUAAUGUGACUUGAAGAUGUGGAGGACAUCAACUUUGAAAAGCUUUCCAUGAGAGUGUGUGUUUUCUUGAGCAACCUGAAGUAUUUCUGGGCGCGAAACAUAGUAAUUACACAAUUUCAGUGCAGUCAACCAAACUGUUGAAUCAAUUGGAAUGUAAUUUUAUUAAACCUCAUGUAUUUAAAGAGAUAUUUUCUUUACAAGCCAAGUUACUUUCUCAUAUACAACAUUUUAGGAAGCAUGAUUUUUUUUUUUCUAUCAUCUAUUCCUCCAAGCAUGUUUCAUUGAAGAAAGAAUUAUAUCUCUUUAGAUAAACUUUUAUUGACCUAAUUUGGUUAUGAUGUUUCAGAGCUAAUUCAUGUUCAAGGUGAGCUGUUACUUAACAACAGGUUUCCUGGUUGGUUAUGCAAGUGGUUAUUUUCUUUUUAUUGUUAUUAAUUGGAACUUUCUGUUAAUUAGGAGCACUAUUCCCAAAAUUGAUAGUGUUCCAUGCACAUUUGAAGCACCUAAACACUGCUUGAUACUAUAAAUUUAAAACACAGAAGUCAAAGUUUAGCUAUGGUUUUGUGCAGCACCAUAGUUAUGUCAAUAAAGUUUAUUUAGAUCAUAGAAUAUCCUAAAGUAUCACAUAGUUAAAAUUUUCAGUCAAUAAAGACUGGGAGGGAAUGUCAGUGAAUUGGCUUGAAUGUUCUUUGUGAGUACACAGGUCUAGCCAAAUAUUGAAAUAGGAGUUUAGGAUAUAAUUUGCCUUGUGAUGUUUGGCAGUUAUUGUUUAUACUUAAAGGUUAUAUUUUAAGCUAUUUGGGACUGCUGUUGGGAGGAUCACUAGAUUUAUGGAGGAAUUAGUCACAAAUGACUUGUAGAAAAUACUGUCAUAUAGUUCAUUUCAUCAUUUUUCUGUUGCAGGAAGCCACUCCACCACAGAAUGCUAAUAUGCCAGUGGUACCCAGUACCUCUUGUAUAUAGGUUAUUGCAAAUAUUGUUCUGAAAUGCUUAACUUCAGAAUUACAUUUUUUAAAGUAAAUAAUUGUUUGAAAUCUAUUUUGUAAAGAUAAAAGUACAAUAGAAUUUCUGGAGUACAGAUUAAACUAUUUGCACUAACACACGUGAUGUGCAUGAUUUAAUAAAAUAACUUUACUCUCCCUAUGCAUGUUUGAGUUGGACAUCAUUGAAAUUUUUAGUGCUGAUUCUACUAUUCAGUUGUUAAUAAUCUUUGCUUGAAAUGACUCUUUAGACAAACAUAACAUAUGUUUGGUGUUAUUCAGGGUUUAAAAGAAAACACAGAGCUAUUUCCUCCAAUUUUUAUUAGCCUUUUAUUUAACUUACUGUUCUAAUUUUUUUCCCUUUUAAUAUGUUUAUUGUUAAAAUGUGACUCAUUUGCCAGACAAGUCUCAUUACCUAUAAGGUCUAGUAUCAAUAUUUACUUUAUUCAAAUUGAAUAAAUGGGUCUUUGUAGUUAC